GUGAAGUUGUCCUCAACGUCAACAAUACCAGGCCGUUUAACCUUGCAAUGUGUAACGCUCAAUAAGGAUCCACGGCGCCGAUGCGCUCCGUAUACUCCGUAGGCUGUGAUCUUUGAUGACCUCCGAGGGCCGAGGGCGCUCUCAAUACAUAUGAGGUCAGCGCUCAGGAGGUCCUCAAUCAAUCCCCCUCUCCUCCAUUCGCACAAACUCUCGUGAGUUCCAUCUCUCAGCCGACCACCUGCUCCACUUCUUUUCUAGGCGUCUAUUCUCAGCCUCUGGAGCCAUGUCUUUCGCGCACGCGGGCAAGAGCGCGCUCCGUGCCGCGAAGAAUAUUACGCACGGGUAUUCGGACACAGAGUCGAAGGCCCGAGCGGCGACGAGUAAUGAGUCGAUGCCACCGAGUGGCCAGCAGAUGCACGAGCUGUCCGUGUUAUCGUACAAUCAACAGGAUUUUGUAGAGAUAAUGGAGAUUCUGGAUAAGCGCUUGAAUGACAAGGGAAAAUACUGGCGGCACGUAUACAAGUCGCUGGUCGUUGUAGACUAUCUCUUGCACAGCGGCUCCCCAGCCGUCAUAUCAUAUUUCCGCAGCAACAUCUACAUUAUCAAGACGCUCACAGAGUUCCAGUACGUUGAUGACACUGGUCGGGACGUCGGCGGGAAUAUUCGCGCUCGCGCUCGCGAUAUCACCCGAUUACUCAAUGACAAGACACGGCUGGCGAGUGAGCGGCGGAACCGACAGCAGAUGCAUGAUCGCAUGUUGGGAAGGAGCAGUCACGAAACCUCAGGAGAGAGAAGUAGCCGAGAUGGCCCUGAGAGCAGGGAAGCUAGGAGAGGUGACGGGGCUGACGACGAGGACCUGCAGCGGGCAUUGGAAGCGAGUCAAAGAAACGAGCGGGGUAUGACAAAUGAAGAGAGGGAUUUGG